AUGAAUUCUGAAAAAAAUGAUUUGGUGGUUCAUAACAAAGAGAAUAACAAUCUUCGAGAAGAAAAAAGCGUAGGAUAUGACAUAGUUCUUCAACUAGCAUCCAGGGGUUGCAGGAUUAUUAUAGCUAGUAGAACAGUAGAUGAAAAGCUGAGAACACAAAUUAUACACGAAACCAAUAACCCGAAUAUUGUACUGGAAUAUGUUGAUAUGGCUUCCUUUAAAUCAGUUCGACUACUUGCAAGUAGGCUAAAACGGUCAGAGUCCAAAUUAGAUAUACUAAUUAAUAACGCUGGGAUUGGUGUUUGUUUAAAUGAUGCAACUCAAGAUGGGUUGAAUGAAACAAUGCAAGUUAACCAUUUUAGUGGAUUUCUGCUCACUCAUCUACUUGUGGAUCUUUUGAAGAAGUCUGAAGGUGCUAGAGUAAUUUUUGUGACAUCAUUUAUGGCUUUUUAUCACACUAUAACCAGGAGAUCGCUAAAGAGUUUUAAAAUGUACAAUCCUAUGUUUAGAUUCUUUGACUAUCCCAAUUCCAAAUUCUGCAAUAUAAUAACUGCUGACAUGUUUGCAAAGAAGCUUAAACGAUGGAAUAUUACUUGUAAUAGUUACCAUCCUGGAAUAGUCAAAACAGAUAUAUUUAAAAAAGCUGAGAAGAAGUUGUCGAACUUCAUCGAUAUUUUAUGGUUUUAUUUAACAAUGUAUGUAGUAUUUCAAAUAGCUGUGAAACCAAGGGUAACCACACAAGGCGCCGUACAAAUAGCAAUUGCCAAAGAGUUUGAGAAUGUAACAGGGAAUUUUUGCGGAAGAUUUUUGCAUAAUAUUAAACCUAUAGGAGCUAACGAUGCACAAUUUUGUGAAGCGAUCUGGAGGGCGUCAGAAGAAAUAGUGAAACUUAAACCAGAGGAAAGACUAGAUUAA